CACCCCUACCAUCACAUGGAGGUCUCUGGCAGCCAAUGUGGAGGGUGCUAGGGCCCUGAAGGAAUCAGGGAUCUCAAUAGCACCGGCUUUGCUGCAAUAUAAAUAACUUCAGUAAAAUGCAGAGCACAUUAUUCUUCUCUUCCUAGCUGCUGGCUUCCACAUCUCUGCUGCUCCCCCUGUAUCCCACCCAAGCUUCCAUUAGACCACCAGCCAGACCCCCAGCAGCCCCCCUCUGAUUAUUCAGCCUUUUUUUUUCUGACCAGUUGCAUGCAUUAUCUACCUCCCAAAAUGGUUUGCGAGUCGAAAAUCCUUUCUGACAAUCCCAGUACCCUAUCCUUACCCCAGAGAGACCCACUGGUCCUCUCACCCUCCCAUGUGUGGCCCCCUCUCCCCAGUGCACCCACUGCCUCAUCACUGGUACCCCCCAUUCCAGCUGGGGAGCAGGAGGUCACUAAGGAACAGCUUUACAUCAGAGAAUUUCAACCCAAGGACCAGGAGUCUGCUAGAAGAAUAUUUCAUGAAGGGAUUAAAGAACGGAUCCCCAGCUCAGCAUUUAGGGGGUUAAGGUACCAGCCCCUCCUUCAGUGCUUGUAUGCUAUUAUUACAGUAAUAUGCUUUGUUGUGACCAACUCCUUCCUGCUGACGUGCUGUGUGCCCAUGUUGAUAAUGGGCUUGAGGUUUUACUACAGUAGGAAAAUUAUCCUCAAUCACCUGGAGGGUGCACACCAUACGGACUUGACUGAUAUUCAGCAAUAUUACAUGAAACAGCCAGGUUGUUGUUUCUGGGUUGCCAUCCUGGAGGGAAAAGUUGUCGGGAUAGUGGCAGCCAGAGGAAAUGAGGAAGACAAUGUGGUAGAGCUACGCCGCAUGUCCGUAGACUCCAGCUUUCGGGGGAAAGGCAUUGCCAAGGCCUUGGGGCGCAAAGUUAUAGAGUUUGCAAUGUUGAAUCACUACUCCUCCAUUGUUCUUGGAACUACAGCCGUCAAGAUAGCGGCACACAAGCUAUAUGAGUCCUUAGGGUUCAAACAUGUGGGUGUAAAUGAGCAUCAUACUGUUCCCAGCAUGACCAAUUCGCUGGUGGAGAGAAUGUUUUUCCAGCUUCGCUACCACCGGUACUGCCUACAGUUACGUGAAGAAUAAGGAAUGUUGAUUUCCUUCACAGUCCAACAACCAGUUCUGAGUGUAUUUUAAACCUGCAUGAUGUAGUUGACAAAAAGUAUUAUUUGCUGGCACAAAACCCGAUAAUCUGAAUUAUUUUUAUCCUCCGCAGUGAUUGUACAACAGGACAAGACCUGGCCCACUCACGCUGUCAUAUUGUCCUUUUAAUGGUGGGAGUUUCUUCCCUCUUCUUUCAUAUGCAGUAUCACUCAAAUAAAUCAAUAAAAUAACCUUCCAAAUGUCCAUGAAAGCACGAUCUAGGUGACUAAGCACAGAGACCUAAAUACUGACCUGGUGUAAAUAGCUUUUUUAAAAUGUAAAUUAAUAUAUUCGUAUUAAAAUAGGCAUAGAAUUACACUUUCAAUGUGAUUGGAUUUAUUGCAACAGUAGAAUCUAUUGAGCUAAUAGAUCUUCAAGGACGAUGUUUAGAAACAUCUUUUAGUAGAAUGCACGCAGAGGAGGUGUUUGCACGCACUUACACCAAACACUGUCAAUGAAGAUUUGAAUUCGCACCUUACUGGACGUGCUCCACAACUCUGCCAAAUCUAUGAAUCGGCUUUGGGCAGCAAGCGUUUGUGAUGUUACGCUAUGUUCAUGUCAUUUUUUUGAGCCAGCAAACAGACCAGUUGCAUCUAGACCCCAGUUGUAGGAUUCUGUAUCUAUCAAUUAUCCUGUAAAUAUGAUCAUCAGCUGUUUCAAAGUAUUUAGAAUCUUGGACCAUGGUCUUGACUUUGAUGCAGUUUCACUUCUCUGGUCAUCCUAAACAGCUUUGCAAAUAUACAUGAUCAUUGAUUUCAACUGCAAAUUUUGAACUUUUUAACGUGGUAAAGUACCUGUAUUUGGGACAGAAUGUAUAGAAAUCAAUCUGUUCUCUAUUCAUAUUAUAUAUGGACAAUGCAAGUUGCCUUUGUAAGUUUAGCUGCUUUUAGCAUAUCAGCAUACUGAAUGAUUUAAUGCAAAUAGCAAUGCAACCUAGAUUUGGCAUGUGUCGGUAC